ACCUACUAUGCUGUGCGGCUGUUCUCCAGGAUGUUUCCAUCAAAAAAAAGCAGUUCCCUCGGCAAGUUUAAGUGUUCACUUGGCUUUUUCGAUGGAGUCGUGGGAAUCAUGUUUUUGUUGUUACUACUAAAAACCAUCCCUGUGCUUCGACUCCGUCGGCGCAAAGACGGGUUUUAAAUUUUAAUGGAUGAUCCUGUCCGGUGGCACACCUGAACGGCGAUGAUUUGGCCAGGAAAAAUAAAAUAAUAGUAGUAUUACAGAAUAGCCAGAUUCCCAAAACGUCACGUCUCUUUGUUGCGCUCACAAUCAUUUUCCAUAGCUCAUCCUUUUCUCCCACUCCUUUAAUGCCUCUUCGAUAUCACGAGACGUCUGUAACCAUAGGUUUUCGCACAAGCACAAGCGAACUAUGGAAGUCUCAGUUCCCAAUCCCAUCAAGCUAUCUUUCUACUAUAGAAUUGCUGAUCAGCUUAUUACCCAGGCAAAUCAGUGUAGAAAUGAAAAGAAGAUAACUGAUCUUUACUGGACUAUCAACAGAUACUGCAGUUUGGUUUCUAUUAUAGCUCGACACCAAAGUUAUUCGACCUACUCUUCUGAAGAAAAGCUUCAUCAUAGUAAGAUACGUGAGGAGUUCACCAAAGAAUUGGAACUUCUGAAACCUCAACUGGGCUGUAUCUCUUUGAGUGAACGUGAUCACUCCUCGCCAAACAGUGAUGAGAGCAAUGUCAGUAAGGGAAAUAUUGGGUUAACAUCUGCUACUACAGGGGAGUCUUGCAGAAGUUGCACAUCACCUUCUUCAACCUUCUCAAACACAGAGACUGUCUGCAUCGUCAAUAUUCAUCUUGUUACUCAAUCUUUCCCCUCUCCCACUCUUUCAUUCGUACACGAUAUGCCCUGUGGUUCCGGUGUGUCUCACAUUGAUAUUGCUGAUUCGACCCGCGAGCAUUCCGGACAUUCUUACCAAGACAUACACAUUUCGGCAAGAUUGAUGGAUGAUUUUAUGGAACUUGCUAGUGACAACACAAAACAGGAUGUGGAGACCUGUGGUAUUCUUGGUGCUUUUCUUAAGGACAGUAUAUUUUACGUGACCACGUUGAUAAUACCAAAGCAGGAGGCAACUUCCAGUUCGUGCCAGGCUAGGAAUGAGGAAGAGAUCUUUGCCAUUCAAGAUGAGCAUUCCCUCUUUUCUCUCGGAUGGAUCCAUACACAUCCUUCUCAAACCUGUUUUAUGUCAUCCAUCGACCUACACACUCAGUUCUCCUAUCAGGUCAUGCUCCCUGAAGCAAUUGCUGUAGUCAUGGCUCCAACAGAUCCCUCAAGGAACUAUGGUAUAUUUCGACUAUCCAACCCAGGGGGCAUUAAUGUCAUCAGGGAGUGCGAUGAGAGAGGUUUUCAUUCUCAUCAAGAACCAUCAGAUGGGAGUCCCAUUUAUGAGGAGUGCUCCAAUGUCUAUAUCAACCCAAAUCUCAGGUUGGAAAUUUUUGAUCUACGCUGAUUCCAGGAAAACUUAAAUAUGAAAGAAAGUGUGUUGCUCGGUGAGUCAGGAGCUCCAUAAGAACCAACAAAGAAGGCCAAGCAAGGAUAUUCACCUGUUUUUUCGCUAUCAUAAUUAUGUUUGCUUGUGUACAUGCGACUUCUCAGUUGCCUCUUUGCCUAACUGCCUAACAAAUUGUAAGAUGACAUAAUUGUUAUUUGUCGAUGUAAUAAAUGGUAAAGACCAGACAGUUCUCAAAUUGCAUUUCGACUUGUAGAUGGGUAACAUGACUACUCAAGAUUCUAUACGAAUGAGAAUCAGGCUUCUGAAUGCAACUAUGUAA